AUGGACCAGAACGCGUCUUCCGAGGUGGAAGAACUUGAGGCAAGCUAUCGUCUUCUGGACGAGAAACGCCGCCGUCUCGAGGCCCAGAAAGAGCAAGCACUACAGCAAGCACACCGCUCCUACGAGGUCGAUCGAACGGCUGAUCAUGAAGACAUAAAAGAAAAGGAGCUUGCACUCCAGGAAUUCAAGGAAAAGUACUAUUCAGAGUUGCGAACCAAGGAAGAAGCCUUACAGAUGGCCUACCAACGCGAAGCGACGCGCAAGCGCAAACACGAGGCUGAGAUUGAGCAGUUCAACCAAGAGCUUUCAAGAUUGCAGCGCCGGAAACCGAACGAUUUGGGAUUUCAGGGACGACCCGAAACGCCGCGGACUUCGAUUUCCCCUUCCACUCUGGCACAAGAUCUUGGCCAGCACUCCCCCAUCGAAUUUGGCCCCAGAACCGUUGGCGCCCACGCCAGCCCCAGGGCGCAAAAUUUGCCCAAUAGCGAUAACUUUGACUCUCCAGCAAAACCUCGUCCAGAACAAACUUCGCAAGGCCGCAAAGAAUGCUCUGGACUGCUCGGUAAAAUGGGCGAUACAGUCGUGGAGUCGUCGAUGGAACGGGACCACACGACCAUAGUCAGAAUUGACACCGAAGAAGGAUUGAAGUCAAACUUGCCGCAACCAGAUGUUUACUUAGAUGAGAAUGAUCUCUCCGCUUGGUCUGAAUUUGCAGACCCCUCAGGGGAUGACAUCAAUUCGGAAGACGAGGAAAUAAUGAACAGAGACGAGGCAUCCCGUCAAUCUCGUUCCCUUCCUUUGACCGAGAGGACAAUCCCUUAUGAAGAGGUCUAUCGAGCGGCUCAAGACCCCCAAGCAGAAUAUAAACACUGGAUUGUCGAACAUCCUAAGGGCUGCGGUACUUGGUAUAUUGUACGCUGCGUAAAACACGGUCUCAACUGGCACAACAACCCGCUUCCGGCCGCAGGAAAGCACAUUUUGGGACCUAUGCACAAGUGCUCAUCUGGCAAGGCCUCGUUAGCCAUUAAGGAGCUUGGGGAACGCGUAAUCGGUUGUGAUCAACCAAAGGCCAGAGCGAGCAACGCAGAAUAUAAGAAUUCCCUGGACCUAGGCUAUAAGCCAAGGAAGCAUAUGAAGCAGGAUCGAUUGCAGAUCCGACAGAAAUCGGCACAGAAAACAAUGAAACAUCGGCCUGGCAAUGAGCUAAGCAAUGAAUUUGACAUCACUGAUCCAGUCGUGGGGGAAGUCUACCAGGCAUGGUGGGAUGGUGAGGACACGGGCUGGUACCUGGUAGUCAUCUUGCCAUACUCCGGUGAUAGUGACUGGAAAGAGGUCGGAAUGACAGGCAGCUUAUUCACCUCAGGGCUGGCGAAGGAGAUUCCAAACUGUUUCAAGGUGGUCAAGACCGCCACGAAUUCCGGACAAGAGAUAUCAAGACUGACUUGGGCCCAAGGAUUUCAGGACGGUGGACCACGAGUCCGCUCACGCAAAUUUCCCUGUCUGUUCCUGCACCCGCCCUUAGAGAUACCUACCGCCGACCAGAGAUUUGAAAUAGAUGCCAAGGCUAAGGUCCUUGCUUUCCGAACAGCACACCAGUUGCGUCACCAAUCAACAAUCCACUCCAUUUCACUGGACACACGGGGAAUCGAGGCCUACCAAGGACUUGCACGGGAGUUCAAGGCAAGACUGAAAGAGAUCCGAGCAAAACAUGAUUCAGCACCUGGGCGAGGAGUCGAUGAUGGUUCUAGCAUGGGAACUCCGUCGAUGAAAGAUCGGCAGCGUCCAAACGACACAGCCUCUGUUGAAAAUAUGGAGGAUACCGGUCUUUCGACCGAUUCUAACAUUCUGCAAGAUCCCCACCAGCACGCCAAUAGACCUGAUCUCUCCAUGCCAAGAGACGGCUCCGGCGAUUCCACAGUUCUUGCCAGAUUCAUUCCCAAAAGUCCUAGACCUGAAUGGCGAGGACGAUGGUCUAUCAGCGGUGGAGGCCUGGACAUCCAACACUUCGAGCAGACAAGCACAGUCAAUAACAUCGCAGCAGAAGGCUUCGCCAUGUGCCUGGCAGGAUACAUCGAGUAUGAGCCGAACAAUCGUACGCCCGAGCCAGCAUCCCAGAGCGUCAUCGCCAUUUCAACAAUUUCAAGUAGGAGGGGUCAGCCCUGUCCAGGGCGUGGCAGAUUUGUCAAAUGA